AGAACCAACGACUGUCCCGACGAAACGCUGAGGUGUCUUUUGUCUUCAUCACCGACGGCAUCACAUCCAGCGAACAGCUCGAUGAGGGCGUAAGUGCCAUGAAGAGGGCAGAGGGCGUCCCCACACUGAUCGCCUUGGGAGGCGACACCGACGAGGAGGUGCUGCACAAGGUGUCGCUGGGCGAUAGAUCGGCCAUCUUUAGAGGCAACGACUUCAGCAUGCUCAGCAAACUUUCAUUCUUUGAGCGCUUCAUGCGCUGGAUUUGCUAGUGAGGACCUGCAGUGCUCGACACCCCUGAGUUAGACACUGAGUGACAGACGGAUCAGAACCUUUAGUGUACACACACAGAGAGGCAGCACUCUCUGUCAUUACCAUUCCAGGAUGUAACGCACUGCCAGGGCUGCAUCUCCUGUCGGUGUGAACGAAAAGCUGUUACAAAAGUCAAAUAACCCAGGCAGGACCAACACCUUUACACACACACACACAUGCACAAACACACACACAUGCACAAGCACACACACACACACAAAUACACACAGCACCAUUUGUGUCCUUCUGAAUCUUUUGUUAGCAUUUUAAAGACCAUAAGCAUCCCAAAGAAAAGAUUUAUAAAUACCAAAUGUUUACCAAGUGCAUUGUGGGUUUUAUUUAGUUUUCUGUUUUUUUCUUCUUUAUGGGGGGUGGGUGUGGGGGGGUUGAUUUUAUGAGGCCUUAACUUUGCAGUGACUCACUCUAUUUUUUUAAGACUGAGACAGAGUUUCUCUUGAUCAAUGGUGCUAAAAGUCCUCUGUGGGGUCCCGACAUCGUUGUUUUUACAUCAUGUUUGUUUUAUUGUAGUUUGUUCGAUGUAUAAGAGUGUAUUAUCUCUUCUCAGAAGGAAAACAACAUUACACAUAAAUCUCCUGACACGCAAACACAGAGGAGUCAUACACACAUCCUGAACCGAGAAUCUAAUGUGUACACAGAAAGUUCAAAUAAAGGCUGAAGUGUGACCCCA